UGAUAAGUAGACAAUCAAUCUGCGGGCAAACACUAUCUAAAAAUGAUUAUCUAAUAAAAUGUACAUGCAUAUAAAAUUAUGUUAAUAUUUGGAAUAUCUAACAAAAUGCAAUAUGUUUGAAACGGAUUGACACAAUUCUGCGAGAAAACUUCGCGGAGGACCCAUUGAAAAGAAAAAAACAUUGACUUCAGAUGCUCAGCAAUCAUCCCCCAAGGGUUACAGUUUCAAAGAAGGCGUAAGAACCUACUAUGUGAAGAACUACAUUUCCAUACAUACUGCAUACGAGGGUGACAACGAGCCAUAUUUAUACUGAUAUUUACAGACUCCUAAUUUGUAUAUAUAUCUGAGACCAAAACAUAGAAAUGACAGAGUUCCUUCAAUUCAUGAACCUCAUUUACAAGACUACUGGCGGUAGAAGGGAUAACAUAACGGAACUGCCAGAAUGUAUAUCAAAGAUACCCGAAUCUCUUUUUCAUUACUACUUAUUAAUUCCAUCAGUUUUAACAACGCUGUCACUAGCAUGUACAAUGACUCGGAAGAACAAGUGGUUGACACGACUUGGGGGACGGCCUGGAGCAGUGUUUCCUAUGAACAUUAUCGGGAAAUCUCAUCGUUUCCUGUACGCUGCCGCAUGGGGCUCUAUUGCUUUCCUUGCUACUGAUCUGAUACUUGGUUUUGUGGUGAUUGUUGAACUUUCAGGACCACCAUAUGUUACCGUGUUCAAUAAAGUACUGUCAAUGAUAAUUAUUGGUGUAGACUAUUUUCCAAUGUUUGCCGCCCUCGCUCUUGAAUCUGUCAAUGGUUAUAUGAUUGGCACAGCCUACGCCUGGAUGUUACUUAUUGUGCAGAUAUUCACGGAGGCAGAGUGUGAGUUGGCUGCUCAAGCUCGACUGGUUUUGUUUUUUCGAGACCUUCCUAACCUUAUAUGCCUUGGAUACCUGUCUAUCAGUCUGCCAGUGCGGGCUAUUUGGGCAUUACGAAAGACGUCAAUAGGGCUUAUAUCGUCGUCAGAAAGGGUAUCUGUCCUUAAACUGACCAAAAAAGCAGAAUUCUCGUCUGAAGCAAAGCAUGUGAAGAGUUUAUUGAAGCCACUCCCACCCCCAACAGAACCACCGUCAACAUGUAACGAAAAACUGAUUGCAAUGUUGAAAACCUUUGUCAGUGACUGGAUAUACCAAAGUAAACACGGUUUUAAAUAUUCUGCACGAAUGCUGUCCAUUAUGGUAAUCGGAUUAAUGUUGAUUUACAAGGUUACACUUGAGGUAACAGUAGUUAUUGUGUCAUUUUUGAAGUUGAUUCAAGAUUCGUUACAAAAAGAAUUGGAUGAAAUAGGAUGGUCGGCGAAGGCAAAUGAAACCCAGGAUACAACUGAUUUAAGACAAAGAAUAUAUCUAUUUUAUAAUAUCCUUAUUGAUGGAAAGAGUAAGUUGCCAAUAAAUUCAAUGUACAAAAAUACAACUGUAAUAUUCUUUUUGUCACAUGUUAAUAGCUUUUUGCUGAAACAUCAGAAGUUUAUCUUUCGUUGCCGAUAUAGACGAAAUAAGUUCUACCAAUGUCUUUUAUACUUUAAAAAAACGAUAUCAACGUCAAAAUGGUAUUUCACUAAAGUAAUUCCAACACUUCAAGGACGCCAAACAUAUGCUCAGCCCAGUGUCAGGAUAUUGUGACUGAAUGGGUAUCAUGUAAAGUGUCUACGGCGGGAUAUUUCGGUGAGGCAGCACUUUAAAGUUGAGCAUUGUGCUCACUGCUACAAGAGGACACGGUCGUUUAUAUGGCUACAAAUUGUUGCAAAAGAUGCUAAGCUCCGGACACGCACGCACGCACGCACACACACACACACACGCACACAUGAAUGAAUGAAUGAAUGAGU